GGAGGCAGAAGAGCUGGACUAGAGGAGAAAAGGCGGCGGCCCGGCGGGGCUGAGAGGCCAGGAGGAGGCAGACCGCACGGGGCUCUGGGGCGCCGAGCGGCCGGGACCGCGCGGUGCAGCCGAGCACGGCGGCGUCGGCACCCAGGGCCUGGGCUGCGGUUCGGCCGCGCGGGGCGAGCUGGACGGGCCGUCAUGGAGGAGAAGCUGCUGCACUCGCACUGUGUGAAUUGUGUCAGUAGACGCUGUAUGACCAGACCAGAGCUUGGGAUUUCCUGUGACUUGAUUGGUUGUCCGUUGGUGUGUGGAGCAGUUUUCCAUUCUUGUAAAGCUGAUGAGCAUCGACUUUUAUGUCCAUUUGAACGUGUGCCUUGCUUAAAUAGUGACUUCGGCUGUCCAUUUACAAUGGCUCGAAAUAAAGUUGCUGAACAUCUAGAAAUGUGUCCCGCAAGUGUGGUGUGCUGUACUAUGGAGUGGAACCGAUGGCCAGUUAGUUAUGCAGAUCGGAAAUCGUAUGAAAAUCUAAGCAGAGAUGUUGAUGAAGUGGCACAAUUAGAUAUGGCUUUGGCCCUUCAAGACCAAAGGAUGCUUUUGGAAUCUCUCAAAGUAGCCACCAUGAUGUCAAAAGCGACUGAUAAAGUAUCCGAACCUAGAGAACAGAUCUCCAUUAAAUCAAGUGUCCCAGAAAUACCACAUGCUAAUGGUUUGGUGUCUGUUGAUGAAGAAUCUUACGGUGCACUUUAUCAAGCAACGGUAGAAACAACCAGAAGUUUGGCUGCUGCUUUAGAUAUCUUGAGUACUGCUGCAAGAGACAGUGGCAUGUUGAGUACAAGUCUUCUUCGCGCUUCCCCAGAUGAAAUGAAUGAAGAGCAAGACACCAGAGGAAGCUUGCAGAAUAGACCCUUGAAAGACCAGGACCAUUUUUAUGAGGAUGAGAUAGGAGCAGUAGGUGGAAUUGACCAUAGUGACACAAGUCUGAAUGUCCAGUCUGAACAAAAUGGUUCAAGUGAUUUAUUGUGUGACUCGAAUACCAGUUCUUACGGCACUUCUCUUUGUAAUGGCUUUUCUUUGGAAAAUAUAGGUACACAGGCCAUAGACCCAAAUCAGAAAUUACAUGGUGAUUCAAAACAAAGGAACUUAACAAAUGGAGAAUGUAUAGCAUCAGAUGGCACUUCACAACCUUCCAGUUCACUUUCAGUAGCAGCACAACUUAGGGAAGUAAUACCAUCUGGUGCUUUGCCUAAUGGCACCGUUCAGCAUAUCCUCAUGCCAGAUGAUGAGGAUGAAGGAGCAUUGUGUUGGAGAAAAGUAGACUUAGGGGACUUGAGGAAUGUGGAUGUCUUAUCUUUCAGUCAUCCUCCUUCAUUCAAAUUUCUUUCUAACUCAUGUUGGUCUAAACCAAAAGAAGAUAAAGCAGUAGAUACAUCAGAUUUGGAAGUUGCAGAAGAUCCAAUGGGCCUCCAAGGAAUAGAUCUAAUCACAGCAGCAUUGCUGUUUUGUCUAGGAGAUUCUCCAGGUGGGAGGGGUAUAUCUGAUAGUCGCAUGGUUGAUGUUUAUCACAUUGACUUUGGGACUCAGACUUUUUCACUUCCAUCUGCAAUAUUAGCUACCAAUACAAUGGUUGGGGAAAUAGCUUCAGCUUCAGCUUGUGAUCAUGCCAACCCACAGCUUUCAAAUCCAAGUCCUUUUCAGACACUUGGGCUGGAUUUAGUAUUGGAAUGUGUUGCUAGGUACCAACCCAAGCAGCGUUCAAUGUUUACAUUUGUUUGUGGGCAGUUAUUUAGAAGAAAAGAAUUUUCUUCACAUUUUAAGAAUGUGCAUGGUGACAUUCAUGCUGGACUCAAUGGCUGGAUGGAACAGAGGUGUCCUUUAGCAUAUUACGGUUGUACCUAUUCUCAGCGUAGAUUUUGUCCAUCAACACAAGGAGCAAAGAUUAUACAUGACCGCCAUUUGAGGUCCUUUGGAGUUCAGCCAUGUGUAUCCACAGUAUUAGUAGAGCCUGCUAGAAACUGUGUGUUGGGAUUGCAUAGUGACCAUCUAAGUAGUCUUCCUUUUGAGGUCCUGCAACAUAUUGCAGGCUUUCUUGAUGGCUUCAGUUUAUGCCAGCUCUCCUGUGUAUCCCGGUUAAUGAGGGAUGUGUGUGGCAGCCUGCUUCAGUCUCGUGGAAUGGUCAUACUGCAGUGGGGAAAAAGGAAGUAUCCAGAAGGAAAUUCGUCAUGGCAAAUAAAAGAAAAGGUAUGGCGAUUCAGUACUGCAUUUUGUUCUGUUAAUGAAUGGAAAUUUGCUGACAUCCUAAGCAUGGCUGACCACUUGAAGAAAUGCAGUUACAAUAUUGUAGAGAAACGGGAGGAAGCAAUCCCAUUACCGUGUAUGUGUGUGACACGAGAACUCACUAAAGAGGGACGUUCACUUCGCUCAGUUUUAAAACCUGUACUUUAAAAACUGUAACUCCACUUGCACAUACAUGCAGACACCUAGUAUAAUUUCUUUGUAAUAUGUGAUACUUUAUUAAUGUAUUAAAGAUUACAACUAGCUAAAUUUAUUGCCACUAUGUAUAUAAUGUUUUGAAGUGACAUAUAUUUUUAUAAAGUACUGUUUAGUUGGAAAAAAGUUGCCUUAAUGUUUGAAAUGUGUGAAAUUUUUGGAACUUGCUGGACAGGGUGAUUUAAUUUUUAGCUGCAUAUUUUCAGAAUUAGUAUUUUUAAUGGUGUGCAUAUUUUGGUUUUUAAAUUUUUUGUUUCUUAGUUUAACAAGAUCCUGACCAAACAAUUUGUCCCUCAUGUUUUCUGUGGGUUAUAACCCAUGCAUUCAGAAAGCAAAACUUUGAUUCAAAUUUUUGCAGCAUAGGUUUUUCAGAUAAAGACAUUCAGUUGCUUAAGGACUGCCAUAAGAUCAUUAUAAGAUUUUUAUUUUCUAGUGCUCCCCUUAUAUGAUCGUGGAUACAUAGAUGAUCUUUACUAUAUAUUUACAUAAUAUUUAAAAUCAUGACUAGUGUUUGGUAAUGCAUUUAUCAUGUUCUAAAAAUACCCACAAAACUGUUUUCACCUUAUGUAUUUGCAACUGUCAUACAGAGAGUGACCAUGUGCAACUUCCUUUUUUCUUAGACACCACAUCCAAAGACUCACGGCAGCGUGUUUUAUGACAGGUUAAAAUGAAAACCAACACAAAGUCUGUGAAUUUAUUUUAAUUUGAAACUGUUCACGGUAUGAUGUGUUUGCUAGGCUUUUGAUAUUUGGAAAGAAGAAAAUAUACCUCAUUUAAAGUUCAGAUUGGGCAUAUUGUGUGAAUAAAUUUCAAAUAUUCAGAAUGCAAAGGGCUUAACUUUCUUUCCUAAGCAUUUAGAAUUUUUGCCUCUGUUUGUUUAUAAAAAUCACAAUUAUACUGUUUUAAGAUAUUUAACAAUGUGAAAUUUGGUAUCUUUGUAAGAUGACAAUCACGAAAUGGAGAAACCUGUCUCGGUUGACAAUCUUAAAACAUUUCCAGGUUUAUUUCCCAUAGACUUCUCUACCAAAAUAGUAAGAAUUGUAUCUUUGUGUAAAGAUAAGGUAUAAGAGAAAAAUAUGCAAAGUCCUAUUCUUGAAGUAUUUAAUUGUAGUUUUCAAAUUGAUUUACACUAUUAUUAACCUGAUGUGGUCAAUUAAAAAAAUGAAUAUAUCAGUAUUUAGAAAUAAGUUGCAAAGAUGGGGAAUACUUAAAUAAUUUGUUUUAAGUAACUUCUGGUAUUUGGUAGUCUGAAGUGGUGACAAGUUAUUUUGCUAUAAAAUAUCAAACUUCUAUUGUGUCUUCUCUUCCAACAUUGGUCCCUGAGAGUGCUCUGUUGUUUCUAGGAUAACAAUACUAUGGCAGUCAGACUGGGCAGAGAUGUUCCUUGGGAAUUAGAAAAGAACUCUGAACUGCUUCCGGCUUCUUUUGGUUGGAUCAGGCCCUUACUGCAGUUGAAAAUACAGCAUGAAAGACUAAUCAAUUGUUUUGUCUCACCUAUCAUUUCAGUUAGAAUAAUUAUUUCUCAGUGCUUAAACUUUCAACUGUGAGGUUGAAUUAUAUAAAUAGUCUGUUUCUGAAAAAGUCAGAAAUAAGAUUGAAUACUGUAAAAUAUAACUGCCUUUUAAAGUUUUGCUGAAGAAUGUGUCUGGUUAGGAUAGCACAAACAUUAACUUUUUGUUUUAUGGUUGUGCUUGUUUGGUUUUUAAGUUUAGACUUCUUGUGUUUACACUGGAUCAUGAGAUAUUUAACAGUUUUCCACCUUAUAUUUCUUUUACACAUCUUUGGCUGUUUUUUGUUUGUUAUGCCACCAUACGAUUUUGUUAAAAUGUUUUCUUUGUGCAACAUUUGUUCAAAUUCUAAUAAAAUUAAUAUUUUCCCUUUAUGUGGCUCAGUAACUUAAAAGGAAAAACUUUCAUUUAAAUAAAAUUUUAAUACUUGACAAAUUCCAAACACAGUGUUUCCAAGUGUAGAUUUUCUGCAUAUUGUAGUUGUUUGUUGAUUAUCAUUGCUCACCCAUGUUUUACUGGUGAGCGUUCAUUUUUUUUUUUUAUUAAUAGGAAAACUCAUUAGCUAACUUCUGUGCCCCUUCAGUGUCUUCCUGAAAGUAGUCCCAUCUAGGGGUAUUGUAAGGCUGAAGAGUUCCUGGCAAUAUUGUUUUAAGAAAACUUGUAAUGGGAACAAUCUAUCUAGCCUUUUAAACGUGAACAGGUUUGAAUGUCAGUUAAUUGUCAUUUGAGAAGUCUUUGUUGAUUUCUUAGUUUUUUUUUUUUUUUUUAAGGUUUUGUUUAUUCAUUUGGGAGAAAGAGAGCAUAGAGGGAGAAGCAAGACUCCCAGCUGAGCAGAGAGCCUGAUGCAGGGCUUGAUCCCAAGACCCUGGCUCAACCAACUGAGCCACCCAGGUGCCCCAUGAUUUCUUAGUUUUUUUCUAACCAGCAAGAUAAAGGGCAAGUAUCAGGUUGGAAGAAAAUAAUCUGUCUUCACUUUUAUCUGCUGCCUCGUUUGCCAGAACUGCAUGUCUUUUUUCUCUUUCUCUCUUGAGAGUGUACUCUUGCCCACUUGCCCUCUCCCUCUCUUUUCAUUAAUUUAAUAACUACAGUGUCACCUUUUAUAUAAUUAUCUCCCUCUCUCUCUGUCUCUCUCUGCAGUUGCCUUUUGAGUCUCACAGAUCACUUAUAGUAGAGGUUCCCAAAAUGUGGUCCUUGAGCCAGUAACAUCAGCAUCACCCAGAAAUUCAUUAGAAAUGCAGAUUCUUGGGUCUCUCUGUAGACUUAACCAGGAACUCUGGGGUGGAAACCCAGCAGUCUGCUUUAACAAAGGCCUGCGGGGGAUUCUGAGGCACAGUAAAGUAUGAGAACUUAGAGAAGAGCCUGUCUCUGAAUGAUGUGGUAUUGGAGUGGGUAUAUGUGUGUGUAUAUACGCACAGGUAUAAUCCAAAAUUAAGAGUAAUGGUAAUUUGUUGUUAAUGGUUAAGUUAAUUGAUGUAUGUUGUCUCAGUCUUAUAGCUAUAUGACAAAAUACAUUGGGUACCAUGGUGGUUGGACAUUUUUUAAAAACUAGUAUUUACUAGUAUUUAAAAUUUACUGUUAUUACUGGUAUUUCACUUGUAUUUCUUCUGUUUAAAGUAAAUUGCAGUGCAACUUAUAGUUCACUAGCAUUAACCUUUAGACUAACCAUCAUUGAUUCUCUUGUUCAGUGGUUGUAGAGUCAUGUGAACAUACUAGAUUUCUAGGAUAAAAAGAGUAGAAGUAGACAAAUACUGGGUUAAAUCCUACAAAAAUAUUUGUAGGAAUCCUUUCAACCCUAUCAUUAGGAGAUAUUAAAGGUUGAGUUUCUGGUUUAUCAGAAGUAUAGAAUCUUUUUUGGUCUUUGACCCUGUGCUACAUAGCCCAUCAAUGUAGUUGUUAUUAUUAACAAUGUAGUGUUAAUUAUUAACACAUUAAUAACAAUGUGUUCUUAUUAUUAGGUGUGUAAGUAAAGACCAACUUUAGUAAACUUCUUUCUAAAUAAAAUGAAGAGGAAGGAUGGUUUCUUUCUAAUGUUACCUUUAUGUAAUUAUUUUCUUUGAUUUAAAAGAUCAAAGUAAGUUCAAAAGAUAAAUCCUUUCAAAUUUCUAUUUUAAUGAUGAAAAAACAGAGGUACUCAACAUUGAGGUACUGAUGACUGGGGGUAUUUCAGAGAAAUGUGUCCUGACAUGGUUCACUUUUCUACUUUACCGAUGCAGAAGGAGAAGGGACAGGGUGCCUGGGUGGCUCAGUUGGUUAAGCGACUGCCCUCGGCUCAGGUCAUGAUCCUGGAGUCUUGGGAUCGAGGCCGGCAUCGGGCUCCCUGCUCGGCAGGGAG